CAGCAAGAAGGAUGCAUAGUACCAAGUACUACAGCGCCUCAUGGCUGCAGACGGCCGAGAACACGAAGAACCAUAUGCUCAUGGUCUGCUUGGCGAUCCUGCACUCGAUCGACCACAUCCAGGAGCGCUUCGGCGUCUCGAGCGACGUCGUCCAGGACGCCAAGCGCCAUCUGCACCAGCUACUGCACUUUGACAUUGCGAGCACGUCGCUGCCGUCCAUCUCGGAGGCCUGGACGGCGAAGGUCAACUCGUGCGACAUUUGGGCCUCGGACGCCGGCGGCUUUAUCGCAUGGCUCAUCGACACGAUCAAGAGGAUCUCGGACUUUGUGCACGUGGCGUACGACCACAUCUACUCGUGCGCGCAGGCGAUCCCGUAUGUGCCCACCGCGUGCGCGCAGCUCGGCAAGAUCUACGACUGCUGCAUGUCGUCGUCGCCGCCCGACUCGCCGACAUCGGCCAUGUCCUUUCCAUCCGCGACCGACGAGCCGCCCAUGACGCCGUACCAAGACACCUUUUUGGCCAUCGUGCUCGAGUACCGCGAGAAGGAUGGCAACCUCAUGAGCAAGCGCAUGCGCCGCAUGAUGCACUUCACCAUGUCGGCGCGGCCCUUUGAAGCCACCGUGCAGCUGCCGCCGAUCCCGCGCCACGAGCUGCUCGCGAACUCACACGCCAUCUACAACACGGGUCUCACGCCGCAGUCGAUCCCGGCCUCGCCCCGGGCGCGCGCGCAGAUGACGGCAUCGCUCUCGUCCUUCUCGACCGACCUCCUCUACCAUGCGCGGGAUCAGCUCCGACAAGAGCGCGCAGCCAUGCUGCAAGGCAAGCAGCGCGAUGACAUCGUCGUGCCCUACUUUAACAACCAAGACUGCGCGCCCGAGAUCCAGCUCUCUUGCGGCGGCCACUGCGCCACCAAGAUCCACCAGGGAUUGUACCGGACCGUCCGCGCCAACGUUCCGAUCCCGACCGAGAAGGCGUUGUACUUUGAAAUGAGUAUUGUCCAAGCGCCGUCACUCAUCACUUCGUGCAUUGGCCUCUCGUCGCCAGCGACGCUGCCUCUCAACGCGCUUGUGGGGACCCAGAAACACUCGAUUGGGCUCUUCUCGUCCGGCACGAUCCUCGCACCGUCGCUCCAAGUCACACCGAUCGAGUCGCUCGUCGCGACCGGCUCGUCGACGAUCGGUGUCCUCGUGUACCGGUACCCCGACACGCCAGCCACGCAUAUCGUGCAGGUCCAAUUCGGCAAGCUCACGCCGCGCUCGAUCGCCGUCUCGGGCAUGUGCGAGCUCCGCGUGCCGGCCGAGAUCGACUUGUUUCCGACACUGAGCUUGCACUCGACCCAAGUGCCUGUGCUGGGCCGCUUUAGCCCGUGCGACUUUGUGUGUUCGAUGGACGGUCUCCAGGCCUUUGACCUCACCGCCGACUACCACACGAUUUACGGCCUCGACGGGAGUGUGUGGAGCAGCCAAACCACGAGCAGCAGUGCGACCCUGCCGUCGCCACGGACGAUAGCCGACGUUUAAGGACCCACCACCGCCGUCUUCUUGUACCAUAGACCAUCAUCAUAUACUACUAAUAAGACCAAGUCCAAGAAAAUGCAC